CAACGCCAUACAGAAUGUUGCUUCUUUAAAAUUUAAGCACAGGUGGUUUGCAAUGGGAACCUAAUUUCUUAAAGUAAUACAACUUUUAAAGGGUAUUUAAACCUCUAUACGUAUAAGAAGUUAAAACUAGUCUUUAGUUAUGGACUACCAGAUCAGCUCAUUCAUUUAUUCCAUCAAGAGGUCAUAAUUUGGCGCUCUAGCCGCGGUCACACUGGUUCGGUAGCGUCUCAAUUUUCAAUUUUCAGCAGUUAAAAUUCGAUGUUAAUGUGAUAAAUUCAGAAUUAUGUGAUCUCGCAAUAGGUCUGCGACAAAAAACAUUUCUAAAAAUAAAAUCAUUACGGGCGGAAGUGAAAGAAGUAGCCUUCGGAUUAUCAAAUCAAACUUGUCAUUGUCCUUUCCGACGUUGUUGUUGUUUUUCCCACAUCCGCUGGCAGUCGUUAUUGUUGUUGUUGUGAUUUCUCGUGGACAUACACAGUGUUUACCCGAUACUUUCGACGUACUCACGGUCAGAUUUGACGGAAACCAUGAUGGACACGGACCAUGCGAACCUAAAUGAUUUCAGAGAUCGCGAUCUAGCUGGGCGCAUGCGCCGAUGCAAUUACGAAAAGUACAAGUCCCUUGUGCGCAUGCACUUAUCCUUCGAAUUGGAGCUGAAUACAGACGAAUUUGAUCUUCCCUGCCACGAGAUCGUUUACGAGGACAAAGGAAAGCUGAAGAAGUGGAACCGUCUGUCAAAGAAGCAUCGCCUGGGGCAUGGAGCAGUCGCUACAUCCUGUGCCGCCAGCUCUGGCUCAGGCAGUAAGUCCGUGGGUAAUAGUCCGACGGAGACACUGCAACAGCAAAUUGAUCCGGGAUUUUUGAUGCAUCUGCAAGAACUUAAGGAGUUUCUCAUGCUGGAUAAAAAUCUCACACAGGAGGGCCUAUUCCGUAAGACUGGGGCAGUGUCUCGGCAAAACGAACUGCGUAUGCACAUCCAGCACGACAAGCCACUGAAUUUAGAGCUUGCCGGUUUCUCAGCGCAUGAUUGCGCUACCGUGUUCAAAGGAUUUCUUUCUGAGCUACCGGAACCCUUGCUCACAGAUGCCCACUAUCCCGCACAUCUCCAGAUAGCACCGCUCUGCCAAGCACUCAAUGGUCAGGUGGUGGCCUCUGCUGAGCGUCAGCAGCACCUUCUCAACUCUGUGCAGCUGCUGCUCCUGCUUCUUCCUGAAGAGCAUCGCGACCUUCUUCAGCACAUAAUAGAAAUGUUGCAUGCCGUGGCCAAGCACGAGAAGAGCAACAAGAUGAGUGCUGAAAACUUAGCCACUCUUUUCACUCCGCAUUUGAUCUGUCCUCGGCAACUGCCGCCCGAGGUGCUACACUACCAGGCCAAGAAGAUGGCCAGCAUCGUGACCUAUAUGAUAGUUCGUGGCUUAGACAUCUUUGAGGUGCCUGGAAAGCUGUCCACUGAUAUCCGGGCGUACUUUCUCGAGCGCAAACGAAAGAAAACAAUGUCACCGGAACAAACACUCGACGAGUCCAUCUCGGACAUCUCGACGGUCAACACGGUGUACACUUUCGUAGACCGGGCUGCCACCGCAGCGGCAACCAAUACAAACAACACAGACACAGAACUGGCCCAGCUUUAUGCCCAUAUCCAGAGCAUGCCGGAGUCCUCUAAGAAACGGCGACUGAUCAAACAGUUCAACAAGCAAAAUGGGCAGGGAACACCGUUGCAGCUGGUGGUAAUGAAUAGGCUGAAGAAUAAUGAAGCCACUCGAAGUGCAAAGUCCCUUGGUGAUUCUAUUAAAAAGCACAUUUUCCACAAAAGUCUUAUGUCGCGCACUCCGAAAAGAGUACCACCCAGUUUUCAUUUGGCUGGAGGGCCCGAGACGCCCAACAUGUCGCAUGUGAAACCGCCGAAGAUGCGUGUCCUUUUUCAAAGUCCCACUCCACCAACACCCACCUCAUCGACCAUCACCAGCGUCACCCUGGCCACUAACCCCCGGCAUCAGCUUCAGAAAUCCAUGUCAUCCGUGUCCCUUAAGAUUGAGUCCUCUUCCUCUGACAGCAGCUCCAGUUGUGCGGCUAGCGGUAGCAUUUCUGCUCCAGUUAGCCGCCAACAGUCAAAGGAUUCACCUUCUGGCGGAUGCGCUUCUGUCGCUGGCCAAGACUUAGAUGAGAUCGAUGCAGAUUGCUGUGUAACGCCUUUGAAGAUUAUGUCAGCAGUUGCAAAGCAGUUAAUCGACAAGAAGAGUGUGGCCUGGGACGAGCACCGGCUGCUGGAGAUCGAAGAGUACUCGAAUCCCUCCACGCCCGUCCAGCAAUCGUCGCGUUACAAGUCAGAGCCUAAUCUCUCGAGUAUCCUACCGCAGGUAGACGUAGAUGAAGAGGACGAUGGUGUAUUAACGCCCAUUGUGGAGGGCCGCUGCACAAUGGCAGCAAGCAGUAGCCAUAUGGGCAGGUCGAUAACCCGCAAAUUGAUGAAGGGCGUCAGCAUGGGUAAUCUUAGAUUCCCGUUCAGUACACCCGAAACGACCAAACGGCUCGUGCGUAGUGUUUCGGCAACUCUUAGGCGGCGUCCUAGUGGCGAAGAAGGAAAGCACUGCCCCUUGGCCGCGGAUACCCCACUGCUUGAGGAUGUGGAUGACAGCGAUGAUGACGACGAACAUCGUAGGGAAGUAGAUGAGGAGGGUGAUGAUACGCUGUCGGAAAACAAUGGCAGCUCGAAUGAACUGCCCGCAAUGGCCCUGGGUUAUCAACAGAUCCUACAGAGCAGCGUCUACCGCAACAUGGAUCUCAUCACGAGCACACCAGCUCUCCAUAUGGGCCGGCGUUCGAUGUCGCCUAUAACAAAGUCUACUCAACGUAUGCCCAAGGCGAUGCAGGAAUCUAUUAUGACUCCACGUUCACGAAAACCCGUUAUGUUGCUAACAGCAUUGGCUGGUAAUGGAGAUAAACAGCUGAACCUGAGCUUUGCCGAGCAAGAAGAGCAGGAUUCGAUUGGUUGCACACCCACCAAGCAACGGGAGCCGCCUUCGCUGCACAGCGAGGAUGCCACUUCGCUAGGAGGAUAUGCAGAUAUCCUAAGGCAGCAGCAAAGCUUUGCCGUAUUAAACUCCAGACAACGGACAACCAGCAGCAGUACCAGCAACGAAGACUCAAAGCCCUCGAAUGCCUUAUCUAGUGAUUUCAAGGAAUAUUUGUUAACGCGCAGCGUGCUUACCGCCAGUCCGGCGGAUUUAUCGUUUGCCAGUCGAUCGGAUGAUUUUGGAGGAGCCAGCACUACGCAGGACAUCGACGAUUUGGACGAAUCCGAUUUGAGUCCCAGUCUCCUAUAUUGCCUGGACGGGAAUGAACCUAAUUUGGCCUCACCCUUUGGCAAUAGCAACGGCAGAAAGCGAUCGGCGGGCACGCCUUUAAAGUCAACUCUAAUUCCUGACCUUGAUGCGGAUAACAAGGAGAACAUAGAAAACCUUCAGGAGGAGCACUCUCGUACCAAAAAGCUGCUAAUUACUUCUCCCGAGGAGUAUCCGGGCGAAACAGCCCUCUAGCUUUAAAUCGAACUUAUCGCCUUAAGGUAUUUUCAUAAUCUAACGUUAAAACCGUUGUACGGUUUUAAAAAAUCAUCUCUCAUCAAAAUGUUAAAGAAAAAGUUUGCUUCCUUGAAAAAAUGUUUUUGGUUUGACACGUUCCCUCGUUUUAACUCGACCGCGUUCUAAUAGUUUAGCUUAAGAUUUUACAUUUUAAAUGCAUGCCUCAAAAAAUUAUAAAGAUACAUAUAUAAUAAUAUAUAAUUGGAAAGUAA